AUGCGGAAUGUCUCUGAAAGAGCGCGUGAGUGGGAGACCUUCAGAUUCUUGUCGACAGUCCGGGAUAGCCGUGCCGUGCCCGACCCAGCCCACCCAUCCCCGGGCAAGAGCCUUCGGGCAUCAUCCGAUACCGUCCUAACGGCACUUGCCCAGCUCGGUGCCCUCCAACUGUCGGCGCAACGAGCGGUUCUGAGUCUCUUUGAUCACGAUCUCCAACACGUUGCUGCCGAAGCAACACCAACCCUGCCACUUCGACCCUACGCCUGCGAUGAAGUCAACCCUCUCUUCUUGCGCGGACGCGACAUCCCGAGAAGCGAGAUCAUCUGUGACGAUGUCAUCCGUGAACAAAAACGGCAUCCCGAGGACCUCAUCGUCUUCGUGAUACCCGACCUGUUGGCCGACCAGCGGUUCGAUCACAUUAAUUCCCUCAUCCCACAGGAACCCUAUCCCCGGUUCUACGCAGGCGUCCCAAUAUGCUCGCCCUCCGGUAUCGUCAUAGGCUUGUUUUCGGUUUUUGCCACAAGUCCACGGCAAAAGCUCGACGAAGUUGGUAUCGACUUUAUGAAAGAUCUUUCUCGGACAAUCUCUCGCCAGUUGGAGGCCCACAGGAAGCAAGCGGUAUUACUCCAGACCGAGCGUAUCCUGAGAGGAGUGGUAAGCUAUUCGGAGGGAAAGGACGACAUUUCCAGCCUGUCUGAGUACCAUGCAGAGAAAGAACCCGUGGACCCGAGCCGGCGAGAUACACGCGACACAUAUCCCUUUGAUCGUCAUGGUGCACCUCACUUCCCGCACCGCGACGGCCCAACAACUCCGGAGAUACCCAUCACAGUAUCAAAAGACGCCAUGGAUGGAACAAAAAGCGGCGGCGAGUAUGAGGCUAACCACAUCGGAAAGCUCUCCCUUCCAGACCGUAGAAAUUUGGACUCACGGUUGGUGGUGGGUGACAGCAACAGCGGUGAUCAACCAAAACCGUCGGACACGCCAACCCAGGGAACCGUGGGCGCUGACGUCCGGUUGUCUGAGAUCAAGAAAAGUUUCGCAAAGGCAUCAAACAUCAUUCGAGAAUCCAUGGACGCAGCCGGGGUGGUCUUCCUAGACGCCAACACGAGCCCUUUCCAUUAUUGGCAGGAUAGUGAUACAAACACGAGAUCAGAUGUGCCUACCAGAGCAACAAGCACCGACUCCAAUGACGCAGUCAAUGGUGUUGCAAAUAAUGGAAUCGACUUGGAAGUUAAACCGCACAAACGGCCCUGUGACAUCCUCGGCUUCUCUAUGACUCCAGCUGGGACACCCGACGGCACAACCAUAGACCUCACAGCCCCCAUACGACAUCCUGAGCCUCAACACAGCUGGCGCCUUCUCUCAGAGAGCUUCCUCCGCAAGCUACUGCGUCGUUAUCCGCGGGGGACCAUCUGGGAAUUUGACGCUGCAGGCAACUUCAUCAGCGCUCCCGAAACCGUGCCAAUGCCGUCUCCACCCUCAUCGGCGAACCCUUCAUGUCCUUGCUCUGACUCGGAGUUCGACGCCGCCGCUAAAAGACAACGACGCGGCCGGCUACGGAGAACGGAUGGAAUAUCAAUGCGAAAGCCACGGAAGAGCGAGUGCGAUAUCAUCCACGCGGCAUUUCCCGAGGCUCGAGCAGUAUCCUUCUUUCCCCUGUGGGGGACCCAGAUGCAGCGCUGGUUCGCCGCCGGGCUGGCAUGGACCAGACAAUCGUUGCGCAUCAUCGCGCCGCAGGACGAACUCGGCUUGUUCAAUGCAUUUGGCAAGAAUGUCAUGGCUGAAGUGGCCCGAAUCGAUGCGACGCUUGCCAACCAGGCAAAGUCAGACAUGCUUGGAUCCAUUUCGCACGAGAUGCUCUCGCCGUUGCACGGCAUUCUCGGUGCUGCGGAGUUGUUGCUUGAUACCGACCUCAGCACUUCCCAGACGGAGCUCAUCCACCUCAUCGAGGCUUGUAUCAGGACACUGCUCGACACUGUCGACCAUCUCCUAGACCAUUCCAAAAUCAACAGUCUAGUGGAGAACACAAAGCUGUCCAAUGGCCGACGAGGUUCCUUUCACUCGGAAGACCUAGAACACGAUCAAGACCCGGAUUUCAGCGGUCCACCAGGAGGAUCCAGGGUGCGAUCUGGCAGCCUAGCAAGCAAGCCUUGGCCAUGGGAGCAACCGACCUUAACCCGGUUCUACGACGUAGACCUUGACGUCAUGCUGGAAGAAGUUGUCGAGUCUCUCUACGCAGGCUAUUCCUUCCAGCGAUGGUGCAACCAACGUGGUGCCGAUCCAGGUGAUGACCACGUCGCCAUCUACCUGGAUAUCGACCACACCCUUAAUUGGUCUUACUACGCCCAGCCCGGUGCGUUGCGCCGCAUCCUCAUGAACCUGUUCGGCAACGCCCUCAAGUUCACUUGUAAAGGCUUCAUCAAACUCACCCUAACCGCUCAACCUAUCCCCUCUGAACCUCGCUCUUCUUGCGCCUCCACAGACCUCGAGGACGAACCAGAAGACACCGGCAUCGAAACGGACAGCAAGUACUCCACUCCCCGCCCCAAUGCCAAUCCCAACCGCGAGAAGGGCAGCCUUGGGGUCGGCUUGGAUGAACAGAAACGCUCAAACGUAAUACUCACCGUCGCGGAUACGGGCAAAGGAAUUGGCCCCCGUUUUCUGCGUGAGAAGGCUUUUUCCCCCUUCCAAAAGGAAGACAGCCUCACCCCCGGCCCCGGCCUCGGUCUUUCUAUUGUGAAGCAGAUCGUCGAUGCCCUCGAUGGGCGCGUCGUCGUUGACUCUCGACCUGGUGAAGGCACGACGGUUAGAGUGAUCACGCCGCUUCUUCAUUCGAAUCCGGAACCAAGGAGCGAGGAGAGGGAUAUAGCGGAGCAUAGGGAGGUGCUGAGGGGCUUGAGGGUUUGCCUGCUUGGUUUCGACGGGCUCCAGGGAGACGGAGAGCCCGACGACCCUGGGUGGGGUAUGCCGGUCGGUGCAAAGGGGAGGGAAGUUCUGAGGGGGAGGAUCAUGGAGAGGAUGUGUAAGGAUUGGCUUGGAUGUCGGGUGGUGACAAACCCAGCAGACGCGCAAAUGACAAUCUGCAGCGAUCGGUUUGUAUUGGGUAUGUGCACGGAUGAUGGCGCUGGCGACAAGAUUGGCCGAGGGAUGUUCGCGUCGAGGGUGUUGCCCGGCCCGUUGGUGGUGGUGUGCGGGAAUGAAGUUGUUGCGCAGAAUUUGUCACUGGCUAGGGGCGAGGCUACUGCUGGAGGGAAAGGGGAGGCGAGCGUGAUGGAGUUUAUCGGUCAGCCGGUUGGGCCAAGGAAGCUGGCUAAGACACUGAGGAAGUGUCUUCAGAGUCAUCCCGUCCCGCUGAAGGGAAGAGUCAACGAAAUGGGAGGACACACAGAAAAAGAGCUACUGUCACGAACCUCAUCGGAGUCUAGCAUCGACCUGGAUGUUCUGCAGAGGAAGAUGUCGGACCCGGAAGUUUUUCAAAUCGUCAACAAGAAGUCGAGGUUCCUGCCUUACCUGGCGGAUGAUUUUCGGGAUACCUUGUUUUCGACGAGCAAGGCGACGGCGGCUGCGGCGACAAGACCUUUGAUGCAUAGAAUCAAAAGGACGCCUGGAACGCCGUUGGUUCAACAGACAUCCGUGGGGAAGGAUGAAAAGAUUUCAGAGGAGGAGACGGAGGUUACCCCGGUGCCCGACAUGGACGAGAGGUCAAAAGGGGAGGAAGUGGUUACCCCCGAACCGACGCUGCUGCAGAAGGCGAAGCAAGAAGAGGCUUCCCCAUUAUCACAGCCAGGGAACAUCAAGAUGCCACUCACCAGGCCCCCACUGCCACCACGAUCCCGUACUGGGAAAGGGAAAGCGAACAAUACGAACUUUAGCUUCACUACCGUUUCUGUCUCCGAGGUGUCGUCGCCGUCGCUGUUCGACUCGAUCAUGUCACCACCGGUCUUAACCGAGGUCCCUGCUUCCCCCGAGUCUGAGCAAGUGUCGCCUAUGUCGCAAACUGUCAACUCGAUCUUUCCUUCCGUUACUAGCUAUGCCAAAGCCAGCACCCUCGACAAUGCAGGCCCUACAAGUGGGGGUACCGCUGGUGCUGCUGCUGUUGCUGCUGCUACUGCCGCCGCCACGAACAACACGAUACCAGGGACCGCGGCCGUCCCGGAUGUGUCCCCGCCGCCAAAACCGCCCGAACAGCCCCAACGGGCCAGAAGCCAGCGCCAGCAAUCAAUACUGAUGACCUCGCCGUUGAUAACUCCGAGCCAAACCGUCAACUUUGAUUUUGAAACACAUCCCCUCAGCAAGGCAUCUGCCUUCCCCAUCGACACAAUUUCCUCUUCAUCUCAAACUCCCACGACGCAAUCCCAACUUUCCCCUCAUUCCACUCCUCGCCAACCUUCGCACCCCUCCCAGUCCCUGCCAAACUCUCCAUAUCAAGUCCGCAACCCUCCUUCCGGUUUCUCAACAACAAAUCAGGAAGAAAAGGCCUGCCUCCUAGUAGACGACAACCCCAUCAACCUCCACAUCCUCGCCUCCGCGAUGCGCAAGACGCACCGUCCCUUUGCUACUGCCCGCAAUGGGCUGGAGGCAGUGCAGAUCUACAAGGAAAACCCGGGACGGUACAAGUGGGUGUUGAUGGAUAUCAGCAUGCCGGUAAUGGAUGGGUUGGAAGCGACAAGGAGGAUCAGGCAGUUUGAGCGGGAGUAUCCUAUGAGCAGGAGUAAGAGCGUGGGCAGGAACUUGAUGAAAAGGGGCACUACAGCAAGCAAGGCGUGUGAAACAAGGGCGAGAGCUGGGAGUUUGGAUGCGGGUAUCAUCGGUGCUGGUGGUAUCGGUGGUAUCGGUAGUAUUGGAGUGGCGGGCGUCAAAGUCGGCGCUGUAGCUGAAGCUGGAGAUGGCAAGAGAGUCAUACAGAGGAGGGUUGAUCGAGAAUCUACCUCUACCUCUACCUCUACUCUCAAUAGAGCUGCUACUGGGCUUGAGCCGACACUUGCGUCCGCGCCGGUCGGAGGUGACGACGACGGAAAUGUACCUGCAGAUGGGGGGAAUGCUGGAGUGCCACGGGACAAUAGGAAAGCGAAGGAAGUGCAGGUCAACGACGAUGACAUGGAUGGAGGUGUGACAGAAACAACAGAGGAGAACAGCAUCGAAGGAGACCGAGAACCUGUCAGGGGUCUGGAGCCCGCAACUGUCGUGGCGCUCACAGGAGUCACGAGCGGGACGAUACAGAAGGAUGCACUGGCGAGCGGAGUGGACUUGUUCUUGACCAAGCCGGUUAGGAUGAAGGAUUUGGGGGCGAUUUUGGGAGAUGGUUGA